AUGGCUGGAGCGGCACAACCCCAGGCUCAGCAGCAAGAAGAUCAAAGCCUCUCGAUCACCGAGGAGAUGUCAGCUGCUUUUCGCUAUUUCAAGCGCCUGCCUAUUGAGCUUCGACUCAAGAUCUGGGAAGCCGCAUGCCUCCCUUCCACCGACACCGACCACGGCCUUCACUAUGUCACCUUGGACGUCGUAGAGGAGGGUGUGGAGGACGUGGAUGACGAGGAAUAUCUCGAGAACUUAGUCAUCUUUGAUGCCGACCUCGAGGGCUAUGAUGAAGAGUUCGAGGUCGAAAGUGAUGAUACUGGUUAUGUCACGCUGAGAGCCCUCAAGCGACCCUGUGAGAAGUCCUCCGAGACAACAAACCUCAACAGGUCCGCCUAUCUCUGGGAUGCAGGUCUUUGGUUGGCCUGCAAAGAGUCGCGAUCUGUGAUUGCCAAGCAUCUGGACUUUGAAGGAUGGCUCGCCUUUCGAGAACAACCUAUCGAGGAUUAUCUCUGCGGGUAG